AUGUGGAGGCAGCUCGUUGAUGCGUCCCUCGCCAAGCAGAUCCAGGCCUUGAUGCAGCAGUUCAAGGAGAGCGUGCUAGGGGAGGACGGCCUGUCUCUACGUGCCAUGAGCGACGAAAGCGCAAAGGAGCUGGCCGACCAAGCGGCAACUGGCCUCCUCGACCUGGUGGAUCGAGAGUUCCACAGCAGGAUAAGCCGCGCCUCCGGCGGUAGCAGCGCAGACCACGCUACCGCCGCUCACACCGGGCACCCCGCGACGGACGGGAGGAAACGAAGCGUGGUCUCGCCUUUUUCGACGGCACCGGAGAGAGAUAGAGAUGAGGAAGAAGAUAGCGAAGAAGAAGGCGGCCUGGAUUGGUUGGACGGGAUCAAGAGGCAGGCAGCGGGGGCAAGGAGCAGGCCCGGCGGUGCAGGAGGCGUGAAGCGCACGGGGAGCACGCUGUUGGGAGAUGAUGCCACCGCCCAACCCUUGCCAGUUUUGGAGUCUAUCGGGGACAGGGCGGAGUACGAGUCGGCGUUGGUUGCCUUGAAGGCGUAUCACCGGCAGCACGGAAAUCUCCUCCUGACCCAGAACUAUGUCAUGCCCGACGAGGAAGAUAACGGGAACAUGUUGGAACACCGUGGGUGGCGUUUGGGGCAAAAGGUGUACACGAUGAAGUUCUGGAAGAGGCACGUGAGAGACCGACCGUCGAGGAGAGCGGAGUUGGCCAAGCUGGGAUUCGUCUGGGGAAGGUUGCAGGACGAGUACAACUUGUUUCUGGAGGCGUUGUUGGCCUACAGGGACAUCGAGGGGUGUCUGCUUGUUCCCACCUCGUUCGUCGUGCCGGAGACGGAGCCGUGGCCCCUCUCGUGCCAGGGCAUGAGGCUUGGGGCCAAGGUGGCCGGGGUGAGGAAUCAGAGCUUGUACGUCAGGACGGACGUUGCGCGAUGGUACCAGCUGGAUGCGAUAGGCUUCGUGUGGGAUCUGUCGGACGCCCCUUUCCGCCAGGUGUACGACGCCCUGCUGCAGUACAAGGCUGAGCACGGCAAUCUCCACGUACCGGUGGCCUUUAGCGUGCCGUCGAGCCCGCCGUGGCAUCAAGAUCUGUGGGGGCUGGCACUGGGGCAAAGGGUCCUCGACAUCCGAGCGACGCAUCGAUACAUCCGCAACGAUCCGGAGCGAAUUCGGCUGCUGAACGAGGUCGGCUUCCGCUGGACUGAUGCCACGAAAGCUAGCUACGGCAACGUCGUGCGAGCGCUAAAGGCGUACCGCAAGAUCAAGGGUCGCGACUUGUCGGUACCGAGCUCUUUCGUGGUGCCGUCCUUCCUCCCGUGGCCGCAGUCGUGCUGGGGGCUCCGGCUGGGAACAGCUCUCGUCGACAUUCGCAGCAAGGGCAGGUAUCUGAAGGGAGAAGAGAGGCAGCAGAGGCGCAUGGAGCUGGAGCGCUUGGGGGUGUUCGCGCAGUCGCGGGAGGCGAUCCUGGCGAACGUGGUCAAGGGGUUACGGACCUAUCUCAGUGUGUUCGGGAACACCAUGGUCCCGCAGGGGUUCGUAGUCCCAGAUGGGGAAGCCUGGCCGGAAGAAUGCAGGAAACAAAAGCUGGGUUCAAUGCUCUACGGCCUCCGUAGGAACCCCGAGCGACUGAACCGGCACCCGGAGAUACGGGCGGAGAUCACCGCGCUAGGAUUCAGCUGGAAGGUGCCCAAGAGGGGCCGUCGAAAAAGUACCGCCACCGCUGCUGCCGCCGCCGCCGCCGCUACCUGUGCCGGGGUCGAUGGCACGGUGCCGAGAAGUAGAGGCGGCGGCAGGAACGAAGCGCAACGUGGGGAGCCGGGAGGCGCAGCGGCGGCAGCAGCAGCGGUCCUUCGACCACCGCCACCGCCGUCGGAUGCCGCUGUUGUUGUAUUGGCGGCCGAAGGGGUCGGGCAGGACAUCGAACGCCCUUCGCGGUUGGGCGAUGGAGCUGGUGGUCGUGGGUUUGAUGUUGGGGUUGGUGAUGGUGGUACUGUUGUCAGUGAUGGUAGGUCUGAAGGUGUUCGUGCCCGAAAUCGGGCAGAUGGUGAAGAUAACACCGCAGGGAAGACGAAUAAAGGUAGCGUUGUAGCGAACAGUAGUGCAAGUCGAAGGAAUAGGGCGGGUCGACUCCUGUCCCCCGCAGGCUGUUAG